UUCUUGUUCGCGCAUGCCUCAAUGUAUACAGAUCAAAAACAUUGGCAGGCUUUAUCAAAUAUGUCUAUAAAUUUAUUAUACAUAUAAUUACUGUGCACAGUGUGUAGAAAAAAUUUAUAUUUAUCUCCAAUGAGAAAAAUAUUGUGAGGAUCUCAAAGUGUCGAUCUUUAUAUACGUUGUUGCGCGACAUACUUAUAUACGUCAUAUAUGAAAUUGUUUUAAUUCAAAUUUAAUACAAUUUAAUUAGAGAAUCAAAUAAUUAUAACAACAUUUUUACAUUUUGUUCUAUACUCUACGGGAUGAUAUUAAAAUAUAUAUGAAUAUAUACGAAUUUGUAUAAUAUUAUUUUCUCUCAUAUAUUACAUGAACAAACAAACUAUAUGCAAAUAAAUAAUCAAUAAUGUGAAAAAGGCUUGAAUUCAUCAAGGGAUUACGCAGUUUAAAAAUUAACUCAACACAACAAAGAAUCAUAUAUAAAAAUAUAAAACUUGAUUAGACAUUUAAUGGCCAAAAAAAUAUAAAUUGCUUUUUGGUCAUCAUUUAAUGUCGAUAAUUGUAUUUUACAGUCAUCAAAAUGUAUCUCAUCAACGUGGGAUUGUUACUUUUUAUAGUGACAACAAUUGAAUUAAUUUCUUGUACAGAAUUGGAUUCAAAAAAUUUAAAAUAUCGAAAAGCAAGUAAUGAUGGACUCAUUGAUGUAUCAACAAAAAGUGAAGUAAUCAAGAAUAAAAAUUUAUUACAAGCUUGUCUUAAUGAUUAUGUCACCUCUCACUUGAAAAAACAGCCAAAAAUCAUUACAGCUAUUUUAACUAAACACAUAACAAUAUCAAAUAUUUACUUGGAAGAAUUACAAAAGAUUCGGUCAACAUUUGUUUUAACUGAAAACUACAAUGUUAAAAAUAAUAUGCAAAAAACAAGAAUGGAUAUUUUUAUUUUAUUGAGAGACCAUAAUGAUCUUGAUGAUUUACAAAUAAAAAUUCAUAAUAUUGGUAGUCGUGGAUCUACAUAUACAGUAUUAUUGGUUAAUCAUUUUAAAAAUAAAAAAUUAUUCAUCAAAGAAUCAAAUUUAUUGACCAAAUUAUUAUGGACUAAAAAAAUAGCAAAUAUUGUUAUAAUUGGUUUUGUUGAAAAUUAUUAUCUAGCAAUGGAAAGUAAUGAAUUUAAACCAAAGAUACUCAGAGAACCAAUGGAUCCAGUGAUUGUUGGCCAAUGUCGAAAUAGAAAAUGGAUAAUAAAUAAUACGUUAUUUAGACCAAUGAAAAUGAAUAAUUGUUCUGUAAAUGUUGGCUAUUUGAAUAAUCAACCGUACAUGUACACUGUCAAACGAAAUAAUAAGUAUGAAUAUAAAGGUAUUGAUUUAUCGAUAUUACGAGUUGUCGCAAGUUAUCUAAAUUUUACAAUUAAAUUAUCAGAAAUCCCAGCAACUAAAAAUGAUACAAUACCACAAAGAAUUGUUAAUUCAUUAAGCAGCAAAAGAUCCUAUGAUCUUGUUAUUGGUGGUAUUCCUUGGCAACAAUCAAUUGAUAUUGAUUACACAAUUCCUUAUGAUGUUGUAAAACUUGUUUGGCUUGUACCAGUCAAGUCUCAAGAAAAAUUACCUCUAGCACUUCCUAACACAAAGGAAUUGAUAGUACUAAUUGCUGUUUUAUUAUUUCCAGUAAUUGUCAAGUUUAUAUUAUUUCAUGAAAUAUCAUUUUUAGAUAUAUUUGCUAUUUUCAUUGGUGUAGCAUGCAAUAAACAACCAGUCAGAGUUUCAUACAGAAUAAUUUUCAUGUUAUGGUUUAUCAUCGGUUUUAUAAUAGUACAACUAUCUUCAAUAUCAUUGGUAGGAAAAAUGUUAACUAUACCUACUUAUAAAAACAAUACAAUAGACGCUUUAAUUAAAUCAGGAAUAAAAUUUAGUGGUUCAAAGGAUACAAAAAAUUUAUACAUUGGAAAUAUAACAUUUGACAAUGAUCCGAGUAAACUUAUUUACAAAGCAUUUGAAAAUUUCAUCGAAUUUGAAAGUAUUGAGUAUGAAAAAAAAUUCCAAGAUUUAAUUAAUGGUGAAGAUAAAUCAAUGGCAUUAUUGGCGGUAAUAAAUACUCCAACAGUAAAUAAGAAAUUUAAUCCUUUUUAUGUACGUGUAUUACCAGAAGCUAUAAAAGCUCUUCCACUUAGUUUUGCAGUAUGGCAUGGCUUACCAUAUGUCAAUGAUAUUGAUAUUAUUCUACAAAGACUUAUAAGAAGUGGUAUUAUUAAACAUUUUAAUAAUAUCGAAACAAAAAGUUACUAUCAUGAUAUUAAACACCACCACAGUCGGAUAAAGUUAGAAGAUCUUUCACCAGCUUUUUUAAUACUUGGUAUUGGUCUUACAAUUAGCUUCAUAACUUUAAUUUUAGAAAUUAUAAAUUUUCGAACAAAGAUAUUUGAUCGCAUUUAUAUUUUUUAUCUUAAAUUUGCUCGCCAAGUUCGUUUUGUGCUUCAACUAUAAUAAUAAUAAUAAUAAUGAUAUACUUUUAAAAAUGUAUUGUCGUUUUAUUGAACAAAUCUCAUUAUCCAGAUUUUUUAAUAUGAUAUUUAAAUAUGAUAUGAUAUGGAGAUUUUAUUGUGUGUGAUAUAAAUUUUGUUGACCUUAAAUAAUGCAACUCAUUAUUGAUAAUAAAUAAAUAAAUUUAUUUAACUGAACAAGCACAAAUAAGAAAAAUGAGAUGUUCAACUAUUGUGUGUAGAAUUAUUUGGGUUGCUAAAAUUAUAAUAUUAUCAAUUGUUGUCAAUAUUUUUUAACACAUAAGAGAUUGAUUAAUAUUUUGUACCAUGAAUUUUAAAGCACCAUGUAAAGAUUUUAUAUUUACGAAAAAAAAAAUUUGUUUUGUGAAAAUAUCUAUAGAUAUAAAUCAAAUUUGAAACAUAUUUGAACUAAAAUUGUAUUUUAUGUAAUUGAUGCGUUAUAAAUGAAAUAAUAAAUGAAAAAUAAAGAAAAUGAUUAUUUAACAAUCGAAAAAAAAAAAAAAAAAAAAAUAUAGU